AUGCCUGAAAACCCUGAAACGAAGCCUGUCGAAGAGAAGACUCAGGAGAAUGAAAUCAAGGUGGAUCAGGAAAUUCUGCGCAUGCCCGCCGAUGAUAUCAUGGGCAGAACGAGACUUUUGGAGAACGAAAUCCGGAUUAUGCGCAGCGACAUUCAGCGUAUCCAGCAUGAGAUGCAGAACUUGCGGGAUCGUAUCAAAGAUAAUCAAGAGCGAAUAAAAGUGAACAAGACAUUGCCAUAUUUGGUAUCUAAUGUUAUCGAGUUGCUGGAUUUGGAUCCUCUUGGUCAGUAUGAUCAAGAGGGCGCCAACGUCGAUCUAGACGCUGGUAAAACGAAAUGCGCCGUCAUUAAAACUUCUACGCGAGCCACGUACUUUCUGCCCGUCAUCGGUUUGGUUGAACCGGCGCAGCUGAAACCGGGCGAACUCGUUGGAGUGAAUAAAGAUUCUUAUUUGGUCCUAGAAAAAUUACCGCCGGAAUACGACAGUCGUGUGAAAGGUGUACAAAAUUCUAAUUUGCAGGCUAUGGAAGUGGAUGAAAGGCCAUCAGAGCAGUACUCCGAUAUCGGAGGGUUGGACGACCAAAUUCAAGAACUGAUUGAAGCGGUGGUUUUGCCAAUGACGCAUAAAGAGCGCUUCAUCAAUCUGGGCAUACAGCCAUCGAAAGGAGUGCUGUUAUACGGUCCUCCUGGUACCGGCAAAACGAUGAUGGCACGAGCUGUCGCUGCCCAGACCAAGAGUACUUUCUUGAAACUGGCCGGCCCGCAGUUGGUGCAGAUGUUCAUCGGGGACGGCGCGAAACUGGUGCGAGACGCCUUCGCUCUAGCAAAGGAGAAGGCACCAGCGAUCAUAUUCAUCGAUGAACUGGACGCGGUGGGUACGAAGCGUUUCGACUCAGAGAAGGCAGGCGAUCGGGAAGUUCAGCGUACAAUGUUGGAGUUGCUGAAUCAAUUGGAUGGCUUCCACCCGCAUGAAAGCAUCAAAGUGAUAGCAGCGACAAAUCGUGUCGACAUCUUGGAUCCGGCACUGCUUCGUAGCGGUCGUCUCGACCGCAAGAUCGAGCUGCCGCUGCCGAACGAAAUCGCACGUGCCAGAAUAAUGCAGAUACAUUCUCGGAAAAUGAACGUACACAAAGAUGCAAAUUUCGAAGAAAUGGCGAGGUGCACAGACGAUUUUAAUGGCGCCCAGUGUAAAGCUGUUUGUGUGGAGGCGGGUAUGAUUGCUUUGCGGCGUAAUGCCACGCAGGUAACCCAUGAAGACUUUAUGGACGCAAUUCUGGAAGUUCAGGCGAGAAAGAAAUCUAACCUUAAUUAUUAUGCUUAG